AUGAUGAACAGUAGCUUUGGAGGGUGUGCGGGACAACGGAAGCCCAAAGGGCAUGGAAAGGCUAAAGAACCAAAGGAGACAGAAAUCUGUCCAGCCGCUACCCGUAGCCCAAAAAUGGCGGCCGGUGGUUCAAAAAGUCCGACGCUCGUCUGCCGCACAUAUCGAAGCUGUCAUGACAGAAGUGGAUCAACUGUUGGAGGCAGGCGUCAUUCAGGAAGUCUUAUAUCCCUCUUGGCUUGCCAAUCCAGUGGUCGUACCGAAGAAAAUGGGAAACUAAGGGUUUGUGUUGACUACACAAACCUCAACGACGCUUGUCCUAUGGAUAGGUUUCCCCUUCCUCGGAUUGAGCAAAUGGUGGACGCAACAGUAGGGUGCGAGCGGUUGAGCUUUAUGGAUGCGUAUCGAGGCUAUCACCAAAUAGCGUUGGAUCCGGAAGAUCAGAAGAAGACGACCUUUAUUUCUCCUCGGGGCACUUACUGCUACAAGGUCGUUCCGUUCGGCCUGAAGAAUGCUGGAGCAACCUUCCAACGCUCCAUCACAAAGAUGUUUCCCGGAAUGGUCGGCAAAACAGUAGAAGCCUAUAUCGAUGAUCUGGUUUGCAGAAGCACGUUUGCUCGGGACCACCUUCGGGACUUGGGAGAGGACUUUGCUGUUUUGAAACAACGGAAGCUGCGUCUCAAUGCCGAGAAAUGUGCGUUUGGCGUAAGCUCGGGGAAGUUCCUGGGUUACAUGGUAAGUCGCCGAGGGAUAGAAGCUGAUCCUACACAAAUCUUGGCCAUACAAAAUCUCCGAGCUCCGACUAUUAUUAAAGAGGUACAGUGGCUUACGGGAAUGGUUGCUGACCUAAACCGUUUCAUCCGACGUUCGAGUGAUCUCUGCCGUCCGUUUUUCCGAGCAAUCACCACUAGCCGACGCAGAUUCGAAUGGACCGAAGAGUGCGAGCAUGCUUUGCAAUCUUUAAAGCAAUACCUGUCCCACGCUCCUUUGCUCGUCAAGCCCCUACCCGACGAAGAUCUGUAUCUUUACCUUGCUGUUUCUAACCAUGCAACGAGUGCGGUUCUUGUUCGGAAAGAGGGAAUGGAGCAUCAACCAAUCUUCUAUUCCAGCAAAACUAUGACGGACUCUCAGACGAGGUACCUGCCUAUGGAGAAAUUGGCAUUGGCUCUCACGGACACGUCGAGCCGGAUCCUGAAAUUCUCUCAAGACUUGGCCAACUUCGACAUCCAGUUUGAGCCUCGGACAGCUAUCAAAGGUCAGGCCUUGGCCGACUUCUUUGCCGAACUCACUCAUGGAUUGCAAGAUGAAGCCAACGCUUUGGCCAACGCCGCCGAAGAAGCUCGGAUUCAGGAAGAAGAGGUUUUGGAGGGACCGUCCAGCCGUCCUGCGGAGCCAUUCCGUGCUCGGUACUCCCUUGGACGAAAGAAACACAAGCGGCAAUGGAAGCUCUGCUCCGGCGACGCUUGGCGACUGACCGUCGAUGGAGCUUCUAAUGUUCACGGAGCUGGUGCGGGCAUCGUCCUUGUGUCACCGAGCGGGACUGUGCAUGAAAGCGUGGUCUCGAUUGGGUACACGGCGACGAACAACGAGGCGGAGUAUGAAGCUUUGAUUGCAGGCCUCCAACUUGCUCUUCGGCUGGAUGCAGAUUCGGUUCAUAUCUUUUGUGACUCUCAACUCAUUAUGGGCCAUUUAAAAGAUGAUUAUCAAGCCAAAGAUCAGCGUAUGAAUGCUUACGUAAGCCACGUAUUGGCUCUGUUCGGAAGAUUUCGCCGAGUAGAAGUGGAAUGGAUCGCUCGGGAACAUAAUGCACAUGCCGACGCCUUGGCAGGUCUUGCUUCGGUUUACAAGACCUCGGGCAGUCGCACUAUUACCUUUGACGAGGUCGCCAAACCGAGCUUCGAACAGCCGUGUGAACAGGUCAUGGCCAUUUCCCUCGGACAGAGUCAACUGGAUCCAGUGAUUGAUUAUUUGAAGAACCAGGUGUUGCCACCGAACAAGCGCAAAGCGUACAACUCCGUUGCCGAGCGGCCAAUUUUUUCCUGA